AUGGGGGAAUGGACCAUCCUGGAAAGGCUUUUGGAGGCCGCUGUUCAACAGCAUUCUACAAUGAUAGGGAGGAUUCUGUUGACCGUAGUUGUAAUCUUCCGAAUCCUUAUUGUGGCAAUCGUUGGAGAAACAGUCUAUGAUGAUGAGCAAACUAUGUUUGUCUGCAACACCCUGCAACCGGGAUGUAACCAGGCGUGCUAUGAUAAAGCAUUUCCAAUCUCCCAUAUAAGGUACUGGGUUUUCCAAAUUAUUAUGGUGUGCACCCCAAGCCUCUGUUUUAUAACAUAUUCUGUCCACCAGUCUGCCAAACAAAAAGAAAGGAGAUAUAGUUCUGUCUUCUUAUCUUUGGAAAGAGACCAUGACAUGCUGAAACGUGAAGACAGCAAGAAAAUAAAGAAUACCAUUGUCAAUGGUGUACUGCAGAACACAAAAAAUUCGACAAAAGAAAAUGAACCAGAUAGCUCAGAAACAAAAGAACUGCAUAAUUCAGUGAGUAGAACUGUAAAGUCAAAAAUGAGAAGACAGGAAGGAAUUUCUCGGUUUUACAUUAUCCAGGUUGUUUUCAGAAAUGCACUGGAAAUAGGAUUCCUGGUAGGACAAUAUUUUCUUUAUGGUUUCAAUGUCCCAUCUAUGUAUGAGUGUGACAGAUACCCUUGUAUUAAGGAGGUGGAAUGCUAUGUAUCCAGACCAACUGAAAAGACUGUUUUCCUUGUGUUUAUGUUUGCUGUAAGUGGAAUAUGUGUACUGCUAAAUUUAGCAGAACUGAAUCACCUGGGUUGGAGGAAGAUCAAAACAGCUGUAAGAGGAGUACAAGCAAGAAGAAAAUCUAUAUGUGAAAUCAGAAAUAAAGAUUUGCCCAAAAUGAGUGUACCUAACUUUGGCAGGACCCAGUCAGCUGACUCUGCAUAUGUAUGA